AUCUUGUUUGCAAAACGAAAAACGCGAAAGCAAAGCGCGCCACUUGUUAGAAGCAAGAGGAGGAGAGGCGGCGGCUUUUGUUGUUGUUCUUACGUGCUCCGGCGUCCCAUCACAUCACCGGCCGCCAGGCGGGGGGCCGUCUCCAGGCCCUGCCUUGUCUUUGCAGUCCCCCCGCGCCCGGGAGCUAGUGCAGCGGCGCCGGCGCCGUGGCGUUGUAUCUCUCCGCAGUAUUGAGGAGAUAGCGCCGGCGUGGCCUUGUUGGCCAUCUACGUAUUGGCUGACGGCUGGCGCCCGCCACCGUAGCAGCGCUCGUUGAAUACGUGAACGGACCGGGUGCCCGGCGCGGUGGACAGCGCCGCGGAACUGACGAAACCGCGACCGCCGAACGACGAAAAGAGCUACCAACCUAGUGCCGCGCCGCCUGUGCCUGUGUCUGUGCUUUUCCCCUGGGGUGGCGGGCCGGGCGCGCGUGGCCGCUCGCUUUUGCCGAAAGGACGAGGGGGGGCGGCCCCAGGCUGGCCCGGCAGCCGGCCUGGGCCGCCCCCACUCUCGCCGGGGGGCCUGUGUCGCUUGGCUUAGCGAAGUGCUUCGGUCUGCUGGGCCUGCGCCAGGGACUUUCUGUUCGUUGGGCCGGAACCCUCGUAGCCUCCGCGGCUGCGCCCGCACGCUCUGCCACUGGCGUCCGCCGCGUGUUUGUAUUGGCGCCCGUGGUGGAGGGGCAGCUGGCGUGAUAUCGCGAUCAGCAAAUCAGGCGCGCACCGUUUUGCCGCAUGCUUGUGGGUGCUACCUAGCGCCAAAGCGUGCGGCCGAUAGCCGAGACAAACUCGUCAGCUUUGCCGCCCGGCGAAGGGUUUGGCCGCCGUAAUAUCAUGGCCGAAACGACUCUGUUGCCGGUCGUUGUCGGCUGCCAGAUUUUAACAU